AUGGAUGAUUUCUCAGUAUUUUGCCCCUCCUUUGAUCGUUGUUUGAAGAAUUUGGAUAUCGUCCUCAAGCGGUGUGUGGAGACUAAUCUGGUUCUUACCUGGGAGAAAUGUCAUUUCAUGGUGACUGAGGGCAUCGUUCUCGGACAUAAGAUUUCUUUCAAGGGCAUUGAAGUUGAUAAAGCAAAGGUAGAAGUUAUUGAAAAACUUCCACCUCCAGUCAA